AUGGGACAAAGUCAGUCCGCUAGUCAUGCAUAUUUUCUGCGGACCCUGCGGGUUUUAUUGGCAGAGAGAGGGCAUAAGGUGUCUUCCUCCACACUGCAGGAAUUUUUCAGGAACAUAGAAGACUUGUGCCCUUGGUUCCCACCAGAAGGAACAGCAAACCCAGAGGAUUGGAGACGGGUGGGCCAAGAGAUGAAAAAUCAAAUAAAGUUGCGGGGCUCCGGUGCCUUGCCGCCCAAUACAAUGGGCCUUUGGUCUCAUAUUUGUGAAAUCCUGGAGCCACAACAAAAAAUUGAGCUGAUAUCUUUAAAAUCAUGGGUUGAAGAUGAGGAAAAAGAUCCUAUUAAAGUACCCCUGACUCCCACUGGGGUGUCCUCUUUUGAGAUCCUGGGCAAUGAUGCUAACUUACCCGCCCAGGACCCUUUCCCUCCUCCACCACCGCCUAUGCCCUUGGCGGGGAAAGCCCCUAGGGCUCAGAGUGGUGGGGAUGAAUUUGGCGACGAUGAUGUUUAUCUCGAUGAUGACCCCAUUCUGACUAUGCCCACAUCAUUGAAAUCGGUCCUGCCUGCAGUCACAACCUCUGGUCAAGGGAUUAAUUCCAUGACUAAGUGCACUCAAACUAGCACGCUGCAGGCUUUUCCCAUUAUGACCAAUCAGCAAAGCGCUGCCAAGUCCUCUGUGUCCAACAUUAGCCCUUUACAGAGAACUUUACUAACAGCGCAGCAAGCGGGAGAGGACGUGGGAGAGUUUAAUGCCUACCCAGUAACCUUACAGGGAGGCCAACGGACAUAUACUGCCCUAAAUUUUAAAAUGUUAAAAGACUUAAAGGCUGCCUGUAGUCAGUACGGGGCCACUGCUCCCUUUACCCUAUCUAUGAUGGAAAACCUUACCAGAGAAGCUCUUUGCCCAGGAGAUUGGAAGGUUGUUGCCCGGGCUUGCCUUAAUGGGGGAGAUUAUUUGUUGUGGAAGGCCGAAUUCGAGGAGAAGUGUAACAAUCUGGCUAUCUAUAACAGAAGGACCCAAAUCCCUGUCACAUAUGAGAUGUUGGCUGGUACUGGAGCUUAUUAUGAAGUGGGUAACCAAAUACAUUUCCCUGAGAUUGCCUAUGCUCAAAUCAAUGAGGCUGUUUUGACUGCAUGGAAAAAGUUACCGACCACUGGCACAAGGACAGAAGAGUUAUCUAAAAUAAGACAGGGACCCGAUGAACGUUAUCAAGAUUUUGUUUCACGGCUGUUACAAGCCGUGAGUAGGAUUGUUGUAGAUGGGGAGGCAGGAACUAUUAUAGUGAAGCAGCUAGCCUUUGAGAAUGCCAAUUCAGCAUGUCAGGCGGCCAUAAGGCCUUGGAAGUCCACGGGCACCCUUGAGGAAUUUUUGCGGCUGUGUGCAGACAUUGGUCCCAGUUAUGUACAAGGAGUGACCUUGGCAGCAGCCCUUCGAGAAAUUCCUCCACAGCAGCUACAUUCACAACUUCUUAAAAAACAAAAGGGAAAGUCAGGCCCCACAACUACCUGA